AUGAACACAGUUAAGGGAUCAGCUAAAGAACUAUUCAGACAGAUGAGAGAUGAGCUAGGGUACAGAAAGAAAGAGAAGAGCUUGUAUGAUAUAACCUCAUGUAAUGUGAGUUCAGAGGGGGAAGAAUUUAAUAAAUAUUAUAACGAAAUAAGAUAUUUGAAAAAGGAUCAACUGAAAGCAUAUAUUUGUAAAUUGAGAAAAGAAAUAAAAAAUUAUAAAGUAAAAGAAAUGAAUUUUAUAAUAGAGAUUAAAUAUUUAAGAAGAAAAAUUGUAAGACUAAAAAAUGUAAUAGAAAGUGAUAAAAUUUUAAAAAGGCAUCAAAGAAAUUGCCCUUCAAAAGGUCCAAGUGAUUUCUCAUUAAGAGGUUUUGACAAUGACUUGAGGUCACUACAAUAUAAUUGUACAGGUAGCAAUAACAGUAGGCAUAAGAAUUCUCGAGGAAGUAUUAAAAAAAAUGCAUUUACUUAUGAUAACAACAGUAGUAGUCUUUAUAAAAAUAAUUUUUGUGAAAACAAAUUGGGAUGUUUUUCUAUUAGAAGUAUUAAUGACAGUAUACAUAAUAGCAAAAGAAAGAGCGCUCCGAAUUUUAUUCCGUUAAGCCAAUCAAAUAAACGAAAUAGCGAUAAAAAAAUAAUACAUACAAUAAAGCCGAUUGGAAGGACGUGUUCUACUAAUAAUUCCAUGUAUCAUUAUAAUAAUAGGAAUGAAAAUAUAAAUGGGAAUGGAAGCAAAAAUUGGUAUGGAAGCAAAAAUUGGUAUGGAAGCAGAAAUGGGUAUGGAAGCAGAAUUGAGCAUGGAAGCACAAAUGAGCAUGGAAGCACAAAUGCAUAUGGAAGUAUAAAUGGGUAUGAAAGCAGAAAUAGACAUAAGAAUACACUCAAACAUAGCGAUAAUAACAAUUUUCCUCAUAGUAAUAGUUACAUAAAUAAUGUAGAAUCGAAUUAUGAAGGACGUAAAGUUAGGGGAAAAAAUCAUCUUUUCUCGAAUAGAAGUUUUUCAUCAACAUUUAAAUUUGAUUUAAAAAAGCAUCUUAUUUCUAAUAAUAAAAAUAUACGUAAUAUGUCUAAUCAAAUUAAUAGUACAAUUGCAAAAGAUAUUAAAAAUUACCAUAAUUCCAAGCAGAGUAUACUAUCUGCAAAGAGUCAACAAUACCCACCAAGUGCCUUAUUAUUGAGAAAGCUUUCUUACAACGAUAAUAUUAGCUCGAAUAACAUUACUCAGAAUUGUUAUACGAACAAAAUGAAAUUAAAUAAUUUGAGUAUUAAAGAUUCAAAAAAGAGCUAUAAAUGCGAUUUGUAUGAUUAUGCGCACCAUGAAAGAAUUCUGAGAAAAAAAUACUCAUCUCCAUAUGCCCAUAAAAUGAACCCCUUAAAUAAUGCUACCAGGAAUACAAGCAUAGGCGGUAGCAGAAUCGGAAGAAGAAAUACAAACAGAUGCAGAAGCAAAAACAGCAGCAGUGGUUACAGUAACAGAAACGUAGGUGAACGCAUCAUCAUCGAGGGGAGUGAUAAGACUCCACGAAACGAAGCUGCGGAUAUUCUUUCCAUUUGUGAUGAUAACACAUCCAAGGGGAAUAAAUCAAAAAGUGCUAACUUAAAAAAUGAAAAGAAAGGGAUCAAGUGCAAACAGAAAAAAGGGACAAACAGAACUACUAACGGGUUAGAGCAAGGACAUAGCAAUGAUGCUAAUUUAAUAGAGGAAACACAAAAUGAUAGCGAUAACGCAGAAUCGUACGAAAAUGUUGAUUCUAUUAAAAGAAUUAAAACAUAUUUAGACAAUCAGCGAAAAAAAAAAAAAAAUACAGUCAUUUCUCUUAAUAAAGAAGAUAUACCAUUAGAACGAACAAGCGUUAAGGAAAAAAUUAAUAGAACUCUCUUAAAAAAGAAGGAAGAAAAAAAAGUGGUUAAAACUUCGGGUAACACUUCAAACCUCAUGCCAUCGCGUAGAGUGCAUUUAGAUAAAGAAGACAUCAAAAAAAAGCAAACUAACUUGCAAAAUUUUAAAAAAUAUAUAGAUUCAGAUAUAAAAGAAAAUUUUAAAAAAGAACUAGAAGAGCUGAAAAAUAGAAAUAACAAAUUAAUGACGAAGCCAAACGGAUAUUGUGACAUGCCCUUUGGUAGUACUAGUAGCAGUGGUAGUAGUAGUAGGAGGAGCGGUGGUUCUGGAAGCAGACGAAGCAGUAGAAGCCGGACUUGUAGCGGCAGAAGCGGUAAUGAUAACAAGGAUAACGAAAAAUCGAGGUGUGAGAAAAAGGAUAUGAAAUAUAAAAUUAGCAGUAAGCCUUUAAGAGACACCAAUAUGUUGAAUAUCUCCUUUAAUGACAUCGAUAAGAAAAUAAGCAACUUACAGAAUUAUUUGAAAAAUACUAAAAAGUAG